AUGAAAAAUAUUACUAUGGCGUAUUCUCAUUUGCUAUUUGUGGACGCAAUAAACUCAUGGGGCCCUGUGGACGACAUAGUGGACGAAGGCCUGACGGAUAAAGAGAUAGAAGUGAUGGCAACGUGUAUAGCUGAGACUCUCUCAGAAAAAAAGAUGCUUUCUAUGCACGAUAAGCUGGUGCUAGAGCUGGAAGAGUUUUUGUUCGAUGUGCUGGAGGAGUAUGGAGUGUCCGUCACUGAUGAUUUGCUCGCAGACCUGGUAAAAAAAAUAGUAAGCACACACAACAAAGCCAUAAAAUAG